AUGGUUGACGCUUUAGCUAUUUUAUUCAUCUCUUGUUUCAUUGUUAUUCUUAUCUUAUCUAUAUUAUUUAACGUUGCAAUGAUCGCCACGAUUGCCGCACGAUUUCGAAAGCGAACAAUUCGCGAUUCAUUACUGUUGUCACUCUCAAUAUGCGACACGUUUCGAUCGGCUGUCAGUGGUCCAAUGGAAGUGUACAACGUUUUAUCUGGUACAAUUUACAGAACUGAUGUAUGGUGCACUAUUUCAAAGUGUAUACUGACAACGUUUCAGUUUAACGCGAUCACACAUCUAGCAUUUCUUAUCGUUGACCGUUACGUUUGUGCUUGCAAGCCAGCCAUAGCAUUGAAGGUAUAUUCAAGUACGGCUGCCUGUUACUUAUGCAUAGCUUUCUGCUGGAUUUAUUCUUUGUGUUUCGCGUUGCUACCUAUGACUGGCAUAGCAAGAUUCACUGCCGAAGGAGGACGUUGCAGUUUGUCCGUCACGACGGAUACUAUGCAGUUGAAAGUUUAUAUCAUACUUAUUUGGAUUUUUAUACUGCUGCUACCGUCUGCCGUAAUAUUCGUUUGCUCCAUACUAACAUUAGAUCGUUUCCGUAAAGAUCGCCAAAGGUGUACUAGCGUUUUCCAACAAGAAAAGAUUACAGUGUAUAGCAGGCAGGAGAAAAAAUAUACAAGGUUGAUUCUAGCUAUGGCUUUUAUAUUUAUAUUGACCUGGUUUCCAUAUGGCGUUGUUAUCGCUCAUGCGGUGUUUACUUCAGAGCCACCGAAUAGUCAUGUUUGGUUGGCUGUUAAAGUCAUUUCUCAAUCCUCUGGUGCAUCGACUCCUUUGAUAUUUAUGAUUAUAAGUAAAGAAUUCAGAAAGACUUCCAAGGCUAUUUAUCAAAUUCUCAUGUCUAAAAUACGCAGCAUUCGAAGCUGUAAUAAAAUAUCAAUUACGGACGAAGUGUGUCCCACGCCUGAUGAAAAUGCAAUGUGUUCCAUGCCUUGUUCAAGAACUGAAACAAGGUUUUCAGAACUAAAUGGUGAGAAAGAACACUACGGAAGAUAA